AAUAAAUAAAUAAAAUAAAGAAGAAAAAAUAUAUGGACCCAUGUAAUUUUGCUAUUAUAGUAUCACAGUACACACGAAUUCUGAUUUUAAAUGAGUUUUGAAAUUAAGUCAGUCAAAUGUUAUGCGCCAUGAGAUGGAAGACUAAACGAGUUACAGUUAUUUGUUAUUGUUAAAUCGUAAAACAUAUUAAUCAAAGAACCAUGGGUCAAACAUUAUCAGAACCAGUCACCACGAAACACACGGAAAGCUGUCAAAAUCAGUAUUUAAAAGUUGGCUCCAGCUCCAUGCAAGGCUGGAGAAUCAACAUGGAAGAUUCACAUACACACAUUUUAGCUCUUCCUGAUGAUCCAAGUGCUGCAUUUUUUGGUGUCUAUGAUGGACAUGGUGGUGCUAGGAUAGCACAGUAUGCUGGCAAACAUUUACACAAAUUUAUUACUAAGCGACCUGAGUAUCAAGAAAAUAAAAUUAGUGAAGCUUUACAAUUGGGUUUCAUGGAUAUGGACACAGCUAUGGCUGAAGACGAAUUGUUAAAAGAUGAACUUGCUGGAUCUACUGCUGUGGUUGUUUUAUUAAAAGAUAAUACACUUUAUUGUGCCAAUGUUGGCGAUUCAAGAGCCAUAGCAUCAGUUAAAGGUGUGGUUGAACCACUAUCUUAUGACCACAAGCCAAAUAAUGAGGUGGAAACUAAAAGAAUUGAAGCUGCUGGAGGUUGGGUCAUGUUCAACAGGGUGAAUGGCAACUUGGCUUUAUCAAGAGCUUUGGGAGAUUAUAUUUUUAAGAAAAAUGACCAAAAAAAAUUAGAUGAACAAAUAGUUAUUGCAUGGCCUGACAUUGAAGUUAAGCCAGUCACAAGUGAUUUGGAAUUUAUAGUGCUAGCUUGUGAUGGUAUAUGGGACGUUAUGACUAACGAGGAGGUUGUUGAGUUCGUUCGAUUCCGCGUGAGUAAUGGUAUGGAACCUGAAGAUAUAUGUGAAGACCUAAUGACCAGAUGCCUAGCACCAAACGGCCAAAUGGGUGGGCUUGGUUGCGACAAUAUGACAGUUGUAAUCGUAUGCUUCCUAGGUGACCGUACCUGGAAAGAACUUCAAGUGCGAUGUUCUACUCCCAUCACAGAAAAACCAAGCAGCCCUAAAGAUUCUCCAACACUCAGUCCCAAAUCUAAACACUAGUAUUCUCUUCAGCAUUGUUUAAUACCCAUAUUAUAAUAUUCUGAUUCCCACACAUCAUCUUUUUCAGGCAAUACUAUUAAUUUUAUAAUAUAUGUAUAUAUAAUAGCACUGGGAUAAUUUUUGAAUCAUUUGUGUCAUAAUAUUAUAUUUUAUUUAACAUUUUUUUUUUAUUAUUACUUAAUUUUUUUUGUCUCGUGUAGAUAAGAAUUAAUAUAGAAUUACCCUAUUAAAUCCCAAGUCAUUUUUGUAUUUAUAUAAGUUUUUUUUAUAUAUAUAUAAACAAUAUGAGAUAAAACACUAAUACCUAAUGGAACACUAAUGAUGUACAUAUAACAUUUUUGUGUAACACACUAGUCCAUCCAGAAUUUUAGGGGAUGAUGUUAAAUUUUAGAGAGUGAGUCAAAACAAUACAAAAUUAUACAUCAUUACAAAUAUAGUGUAAAAUGUUAUGUAAUUUUAAACAAAAGAAUUGUACAAUCAGACGUUUAGUUUUUAGCGCCUAAAGGACUGGUCGUAUUAUAGUUUUUGUGGAUGAAUAUUAAUAAAAUAAUAGUACUUCUUGUACCUGUUGGUUAAAAA